UUGCUCUUCCCCUGGAAACUCUUGUGCGUAGAACAUUGUAUUGGUGCGGAAGGUGUUUGUGGCCAGCUAGCCAGCCAGCUAGCUACCGAUACCAUAACGAAUAAACACAGGAGUAUGCUGCCCAUACAAACACUCAAGGCCUAGUAGAAACACCAUGGAAGAGUCAGGAGGCAGGCCACGCUACCCCAAGCAGGAAGGCCGGGAGAGGGGCCCGGUAGCAGACGAGGCUGAGACCUGGAGGAACCAGGAUGCAGGGAGAGGAUACAGCCCCAAGCCGGAGAGGCGUGGCCAGGGGAAGAGGGGAGGCCACGGAGGGCUUCACCACGCCAGCUCCAAGAAGGGAGUGAUGGAGCCCCAGAGCAGCUACCCUGCAGGAGGAUUCAAGGAGGGCCACAGCCCCUCACAGAGGGAGGACUUCCAGAGAGCCAGGUACCCAGAGAGCCAGCAGGCCGAGGGCCGGGAGGAGAACUGGAGAGAGCGCCCUUCACAACGCUGGAGGAGAACUUCUCAGGGAGAGGACAGGGAGCAGAGGAGAGACAACGUUGACAACACACUUCACUCAGGGGGCAGGAAUCGUAGAAACCAUAACUGGAGGCGGGGUCUAGGUGAGGAGGACCAUGGGCCGGUGGUGGACGAGUCGGCUCUGUCAGCCAAAGAGCUGCUGGGACUGAAACAGGCGGAGGACAAGAUUGGCAGGGAGAAGAUCUUUCGUCUAAAGAAGAGGUCCCACAGUAACCCCAGUGCUGUCUACUCCUGCUCUCUGUGUGAGGUACUGCUGGACUCUGUCUCUGAAGCUCACAGACACAUCAAAGACAAGUGGCACAAGAGGAGAGCCAAGGAGCGUUGUGAGGAGGAGAUGCUGACGGAGAUUGCGCCCCCCAGGGCAGAGCAGGUGGCAGCAGUGGGCAUGGCCCUGGAGGGCGUGGUCAGAGAGAGGGGGAUGAGUGACCAGGAUGUAGAGAACAGGCAAAAGAUCGUCUCCAACAUGCAGGAAGUCCUAACAGCCGUCCUGCCUGAGGUGAAACUCAGGCUCUAUGGGUCUUCCUGCACCAAGUUUGGUUUCAAAGAUUCUGAUGUCAACAUUGAUAUCCAGUUAAUGCAUCAGCCAGACGUUCUGUUGCUGGUCCAGAAGAGUCUGUCAGUCAGCCAUCUCUAUGGUAACCUGGAGGUAGACUUUCAUGCCAGGGUUCCGGUGGUCAUCUGUAAAGACAAGGACAGUGGUCUGGUGUGUAAGGUGAGCGCAGGAAAUGACAACGCCUGCCUGACCACCUCCUUCCUGUUUGAGCUGUCCAGUCGGGAGCCUCUCCUGCUGCCACUGGUCCUGGGUUUCAGACACUGGGCCUGGAUCUGUCACGUGGACCGAGCGGAGGAGGGAGGUCUGCCUUCGUACGUCCUGGCUCUCAUGGUCAUCUACUUCCUCCAACAGAGGAAACGGCCCGUCCUCCCUGCCUACCUGGGACACGAGAUAAAGGAGUUCUCCAUCAGCAGGCUACAUGACUUCAGUCUGACCUACAUGGAGGAUGGCUUCGUCCACUGGGGUUACUACCCCGUCUCGAAGGACUCCUCCUCACCCCCAGAAACGAUCUUCAGGGAGGGAAAGGCUCCUCUGGUGUUCCAGAGCGCUGUAUCUCCACCAUCGGUGGGUCUUCUGUGGGUGGAGAUGCUGCGUUUUUAUUCGCUGGAGUUCAACAUGACGGAGUGUGUCAUCAGCGUGCGCACCAGCCUCGUCUUAUCACGGGACGCCAAGGACUGGCCCAAGAAACGCAUUGCCGUGGAGGAUCCGUUUGCUGUGAAGAGGAACGUGGCUCGUACAUUGAACAGCCAACAGAUGUACGAGUACAUCCUCCACUGCCUCAAAUCGACCUACAAGUACUUCGCCUUGCCCCUCAGCCUUCCAUCAGCCAACCACAAGAUGGCAGGGCCUCGAGGAGCUAAUGCCAAGCAAGGGCCUCGUCAGAAGGCUCCGAGUGGCGUGAGCCGUGUCCAAUCAGGGUUGAGCAGUCUCAAACUGGAGUCUCAGGCAGCCAAUGGGCAGAAAGGAGAGGCGGGCUUUAAGCAGGACUCUGACUGUAUGGUGGAGGAAGAGGAGGAGAGCCCUUCAGACUCUGAUAACGAAGGAGAGAAAGAAGAUGAGGAUUUGGGGAAGAACAGCCUAUCGGAGGAGGAAGAGGAGGAUGAAGAGCUAGAUGAGGAAGUAUAUCCCAGACAUCACCUAGACAGUGUGAACACGGAGGACGAAGAGCUGUUCCCAUUGGACGAGGUCUCGGAGGAGCUUCUCUCAGACGAGGAGGGGCCAGACCUAGACACUCCCAGUUCAAUGGACGAGGAGGAGGUAGCCUCGCCCAAACAGGAUGUGCUUGACAACAAGGACGAGGGGGCCAGUGGUCUCUGCUAUGGCUUCAUCAGACAGGCCUUCACCCGUGGAAAGUCCCAUACAGUGGUGUGUAGUGUGUGUAAGCGGGACGGCCAUCUAAAGAAAGACUGUCCUGAAGACUUCCAGAGGGUUCAGCUAGCCCCUCUCCCUCCCAUGACACCUGCCUUCCUCAAAACACUCAACACCGUCUGCCAGCAGUGCUACCGAGACUUUGCUCCAGAUGAUGUGGAGCUGGGAGUGAGAGAACACAUCCUGCAGGACCUGGAGAGCUUCGUCAAACGACAGUUCACAGGUGCCAGACUGAGGCUGUUUGGUUCGUCUAAGAACGGCUUCGGCUUCAAGCAGAGUGACCUGGACAUCUGUAUGGUGCUGGACGGACAGGAGACCGCUGAAGGUCUGGACUGUAUCAGCAUUAUAGAGUCUCUGGCCAGACUGCUGAGGAAACACCCAGGUCUGAGGAACAUCCUCCCCAUCACCACGGCUAAGGUCCCCAUCGUUAAGUUCUACCACGCCAGGACCGGCCUGGAGGGAGACAUCAGCCUCUACAACACGCUGGCCUUACACAACACGCGUCUGUUGGCGUCCUACGCUGCCAUCGACCCCCGAGUCAAGAUGCUGUGUUAUGUCACGAAGGUCUUUGCCAAGUUGUGUGAUAUCGGUGAUGCGUCUCGAGGAAGUCUGUCGUCCUAUGGCUUCACCCUGAUGGUGCUAUUCUACCUGCAACAGAGGAACCCACCUGUUAUACCUGUACUACAGGAGAUUUAUGACGAGGAGAAGAAGCCUGAGGUUUUGGUAGAUGGCUGGAAUGUCUACUUCUACGAUGAUCUGGAUAAACUGCCUGAGCGCUGGCAGCAGAAGAACCUGGAGUCUGUAGGUGCUCUGUGGCUGGGCCUGCUGCAGUUCUACACCGAGACCUUUGACUUCAGAGAACACGUAAUCUCCAUCAGACAGAGCGCAGCUCUCACCACCUUCAACAAGCAGUGGACCUCUAAGUACAUCGUCAUCGAGGAUCCUUUUGACCUGAACCAUAACCUGGGAGCUGGCCUGUCCAGGAGAAUGACCAACUUCAUCAUGAAGGCGUUCAUCAAUGGCAGAAGUGUGUUUGGAACAACAGUCAAAGCCUACCCUCCUGAGUACACUAGUCUGAUGGAGUUCUUCUUUGAUCCGGAGGUGCUGACAGAGGGACAGCUGGCUCCUAACGACCGCUGCUGCAGGAUAUGUGGCAAGAUCGGACACUUCAUGAAAGACUGCCCCAUGCGCAGGAAGUCUAGGCAGCGUCGUGAACAGGAGGACCGAGCGGAGGGAAGGAGGGACUGGGCGGAAGGGGGCAGGGAACAUCGUCAGGGUGAAUACUGGAGAAGACAGGAAGAGAAACGGUGCUGCUUCCUGUGUGGAAGCCACGCCCACAUCAAGAAAGACUGCCCCCAGUACAGAGGACCAGCUGGGGCCUUCUCUUCAUCUCCCACUACGAGCCACAUGAGGAAUUUGAGAGAUAGAAAAACAGGACUCACCUCAACAGGUGGAAAAAAAGAAAAAGAAGCGACACCAAAAUAUGAUUGAGUUCACAAGCAGGCAGUCUAGCCAGCAGACACAUGGGUCUCGCUGGUCCCAGAAGGAGCCCAGUGGACUGAGGAGAUGGGGAGAGAGAGAGAGGCAGCUCUAGCCCCAAACCUCCGGGUUCUACUCUACUCCCUCUGAGGUCUGACCUCCAGUGCACCAGCCUGAACCUAGAACAUCCGGAACUCAGAACCCUACCCGUUGGAACCCUGACAUGGAACCCCAGUGGAUGGUGGCAGAGCCUGAGUGCCUGUCUCUCAAAUGGCACCCUAAUCCCUAUAUAGUGCACUACUUAUGACCAGGGCUUUACGUUUUGACCAGAGCCCUGGUCAUAAGUAGUGCACUAUCAAGGAAAUAGGGUGCCAUUUGGGACAUAGAAGAGGGUAUUUUAUGUUUUAACUACCCCUCCUGCCUCAGAGGAACUUUUUAAAGCGUUGUAUUGUGUUUUAACUGAAAAGCCAUUUUGCAUGCUCCUCCUCUAAGUUGAUUUUUAUUUUUUAAUGUUAUUUUAAAAGUGAUUAUUUGUUAGAUUUGUCUCGUGCAAUGAUGUCCUCCCAAACACCCCUCUUCCGCUUUGUCUCGGCAAAUCCAGUUUGAGCCGGGCCGUGUGACUGUGUGUGUUUGUCUGCUCAUCUCUGUGCGUGCGUGAAAAGAGGUGAAUCUGUAUUCAGAGGUGGAUGAACGGCCCUGAAACAGACGGAUUCUUUAGAUAAUAAUGGACAGUUUUGUAUUAAAUUGUCUCCUUCAUGCCAGAGUCUCCAAACAUGGUAGCUAAAGAUGAAUUCCAUAUUGCUUCUGCCUGCUCCUCCUAAACACACCAUAGGUGCAGAAUAUAUGGUCCUGUAUUGGGUUACUAGUAGCCAACCCCAAUGUGUGUCGAUCUGAGAGGCCUGGAUAUGGUCCUGUAUUGGGUUACUAGUAGCCAACCCCAAUGCGUGUCGAUCUGAGAGGCCUGGAGAUAUAUAUAUAUAUAUAUAUAUAAGCAAUAUGGUAAAACAUUAAAUGACAACCUUGUCUAUAGCUGGUGACACCAUAUUGUUUAUAUACCGAACCACUUGUCUUUUAUGAUCAGGGGUUUGGGGUUGAUUUUGGGUUCGGGGUGCCAGGGAGUGGUAAAAGGGGGGGAAACCGGGAAACGUGUUUUUUUUUGUUUUUAUGUUGCCUUUUUGUGGCCACAGUGCCUCUGAUUGGUGGGCCUGGUAGCUGUGACGUCAGAUUCUGUCCACUCUGGUCUGGGAUGCUAGUGUUCUAAGACCUGCUUUAUAAAUAAACUUUCUUUACAAAAAAAAAAAAGCUAACAUGCCAUUUAUUUAAUGUCCUGAAGAUGUUAACGUAUAUUUUUCAGAUAUUUAUUUUUCUACCUGUUGAAGUUUAGAAGAUAACAUUACGCAAUGGAUCAACGGUUAAAGGGAAACUUCCACCCCAAAAAAACAUAUUUUGUUAUUUGCUUCAUUAAGUCCAUUGUUGACAUUGUCGCAACAUGUUUUCAAGAUAUGAAACUUUCAAAAUGCAGAAAUCAUCCCUGUAUGAUGCAUUUUUCUUACCAUUUGGCUACAGCAUAAAAUGCGAAGCGAAUUAUACAGGGAUUUUUUUUAAAAGUUACAUAUCUUUAACUUGAUUAGCUGACAAGCGAUUUUUUUUCUCUCUCUCAUCCAAAGAUAUGAAGAGUUAAAAAAAAUAUAUAUAGUUAUCCAAUGCCUGCUAUGUUUUUGGAUCGCUGCUUGUACUCCCACCGGUGUUGCCAUGUUCGCGGUUUUUCUUGUCAUAUUGGGCUACUUUGAAAACGAUGUCGCGGGUUAAAAUGUAUUGGUCGCGUUGUUGGCUAUUUCUAAAUUGCACCGUGGCCGCCAUGACAUUUCUCUUUAAAAUAUAUAUGAUUUCACUGUGACCUGUUGCUGAGUGGUGGGGAGGUGGAUGUGUGUGUGUUGAGAUCGCUAAUGGAGACAAAACACGAACUAUUUUAGGUGCAUGACAUAAAUCCACUCGUUGGUGGUUUAAACUACAUUCUAGUGUUGACUGCUUAAAGAAAACGGUAUCAAGCGAAGUGCUUUAUGUGUGUUCAGUUCCUGGUUCUCGGGGGGAUGCCGAGGGGAAAUUUGAAAUGGAAGUUGUGGAACUCCCUCGCGUGGAUAUUGUUAAGGGGGUAAAAGUCCUCAAUGAAACUGACACGAGGCUAAAUGUGGAGAAUGAUACAUUUGCCUCAGUUGACCAUCAAGCAGCCUAUUAAUAUAUAUGCCAUUGUCGGCUACCAUUUGAUACAAUAAAUAUGUUUAAAUGACGAUCA